AAUUAAAAUAUCCAAGUGUAUAAGAUGUCGAUGUUCAGGAGUUCCACUGGAAAUGGUAAUGAAAUAUGAAACUUUUUUUUAUAGUUAAACACAUUUUUUAUUGUUAAAAUGUUUGUCAUACUUUUCUCUACUCAUAACCCCUCCCCCCCAUCUUUCCUCUACACGAUGCAACCACUCCAUGUUCUCCUAUCUCCCCACUACUCCUCUAAGCUCUUUUCCCCCUUCCAUCUCCUUCAAGCCCUCUUAACCUUCUCUAUUCUAUCUUCCAGUCUCUCCAUAUUCUCCCCUUCUUCUUUAUUACCUUUCCUUCAUCCUUCUCAGAAGACUUCAAUAGAUCAUGUCCAUCGUGUUCAGAUUAGUCCACCACAAUCUCAUUCUUGGCAGCAAUUAUUAUUCAUCUUUAAAAAAACAAAAACAAGAAUACAACCAUCACUACUGAAUAUCUAACUCUAUCAGGGCCUGGGGUUAUGAGAUUCCUGGCUCUGGGUAGAAGAUUAGAGUAAAUUCCCAACACCCUCAGCAAUAUUUAUUGACCCAUCUAUCAGUGGGCCUCUGUUAUGGGGUGCAUUUCACUAGUGGGGGGAGGGGGGGGGGAAGAAGGUCAAAUGCAACUUAUUACAUUUUCCCAUGCGCACCAGACUUAUUUGCAACAACUCUGCUGGGAUAUAACAAAUUUUAAAAAUACAAAAUGAACCAAGUUAGGCAGGAUUUGUUAUGUUAGUGUGUAUUAACCAUUUUUAUUUAUUGGGAAUGAUGGCCUCUCUUUCCUUUCUAAUAGAGUCAAAGAGUGCCACUCUUGGAUCUGUUAACAGGCAGAAUGUUAUACAAGAAGCAAACAGAAGGAGGACACUUUUGCAGGACAACAGCUGGAUAA